CUAAAUUGAUUAUAACAGUGUAGUAUAUGUAUGUCACGAUAGUAAACACCCAUCCAUACGAGUUGUUAUUAAACAUAAAAAAGUCAAUUGUAUAAAGGGAUCCGAGUAAUUAACCCACUUAAGUUUAAAAAAUCAGCGACCGAUUGACUGUCCCUGAAACAAUGUCUGGUGAACAAUCGAAUGAACAGGGUCUUGAUCUAACUAAGCAGCAUGAUCGUAAAGACGAUGGAUGUAAUAAUGUAGAACAAAAACCCAAGCUUAAACCCCAAAUUUCACUGGUCGAAUUGGAUCGAAUGGUCGCCGAUAGUCUAAAGGACAUCGAAGUGUACGAUGACGACGGUGACGAUGAUGAUCCUGCGUUAUUGAACGAAUUGUCGCAAAUUAUCGAACCACAUGAAGUUCGAGAUGCGGUGCCUGCUGAUACAACUAAUUCAGAUGGUGUUGUGCCGAGAUUGUUGCAGCAACGAAUCGAAAUGUACAAAACUGCUGAAGCGAAUGCUAUCUCAGCGAAUGAAAGUAGUAGGGCCAGACGAUUCGGUCGAGGAUUGUCGACAUUGGAGGCAAUGCUGAAAGACUCUCUAGCAGGGAUAGCAAUUAACGAGGAAGAUAUUCCGCCGGAGGUUAUAAUUGCAGCAAAGGAUAAAGCAACGACAGAGAAAUAAAAAUGGAAAUUGUGACUGUUGUGGGUAGGCAUCAUCAAAGUUGUCGGUGGUAAAUCGUUGAGAGAAUUGUUACGAAUUGAUUAAAUAUGGAAAUAAAGUACUUGGUGCUUAUGUUGCAAA